AUGACGAAGGACCAAAUUGAUAGUUUGUAUCAUAAAUUGAAAUCUAAAAAUUUAUUACUCAACAAGUGUCCGAGAGCGAAUUUCUUCGAAGCUAUAGCUGAUCAGGCCAAACGUGAUCUUUCUAACAAUGAAACUGCUGAAAAUAUCCGAAAAGCUUUAUUAAAGCAUCUACGCAAAUUCUUCGUUAUCAAGAAUGAUGAAAUCGAUGCGCCGGAAGAGUCUUCAGGCGGACAAACAAAAAAGGGGAAAUUGAAAAAAACAGACAAUAUUAUCAAUGAAACGGGUAACUUUUUCAAGACUCACAUCCGUAUAGUAACUGAAGAAGAUGACGUUUUAUAUCCAAAGCAGGAAGUGAAUGCUCCUUCUUCCUCUUCUGCUGACCAAAAUGGACCAAUCAUUCUUGGCAGGAUUGAAUGCGAUGAAGUCAAAAAAAUGCAAUAUUUCAACACUGCAAAAUACGAUGACAAUGAUAUUGAUUUCCCCAAGAAAACAGAAGAAGAUCGCGGAAAGAAGGAUGGUAUUUUGAUGAGGUUUUCAGUCAAGGCAGCAAAAUGGGUCAGCACGUUGGUGAUAUUCGGUGCCGUAUUGCUUGGGGCUCUUGUAACCAAGUCUACACUUUUUGUUCUCGCCAACGCCUACACACAAGACUACAGUGAUAGCAGAUGCCCAUACGUGAAAGAAGGUCAAGUUCAACAAUAUUAUUAUCCGAGAUAUAUGGUCAUGUUAAUAUUGAUGAGUUGUCUAUGCUUUCCUGAGGUUUUGGUGUUUUUUUAUAGCUUGUGGAAACUUUUAAAAUCUACCAAAAAGAAGGACACAACAAGUCCCCCAAAUAAAUUGGACUGGCGUAAACUCGUGCUGGCUACUGUUCCAGAUAUAUUUCACGCUAUUGGACUAACCUUUCUUGUUUUGAAAGUGAUUCCAAACAUCGAUGCUACCCUGGCUUGUUUACUGUUUCCACUUGUAGGUCUAGUCCCACCAUGGAUUACCAUUUUAACUAAAAUGUGUGGAGCAAAUAGGGUUGGCGUCCAAACUUCAACAACGUCUUCAGACGGUGUGGACCCUCCAACCAAUUUAAAAAUCGGAAUUACGUGUUGUCUUCUAUCGGUCGGUUACUUUAUUAUAUGUGGCUCAGUAUACGAACAAGAUCGUGACGUAGGGGUUACCGCAUGUACUUUUUUAUUAUCACUAUCUUUUGCUAUAUAUGCCGGGAUUGAUGGAAACAAAUUUGUUGUCUCUGAACGAACAGGCGGUGAUCUGAUCUAUUUCAAAGAUUACAACAGGAUUGACAAAAGAUGCUCAAGAAUAAUGACAUCAUUUUGGUUUGUGGGAAUAACGCAUUGUCUGUCAUCGCUUGGAACGUUUUUAUUCGGCACUAUAGCCUGCAAAACUCUUAUACAAAUACAAGGAUUCUUCAUCCCGUUGUCAGUCGCAACACCAUUAAUGAGUGCAAUUUGUGGAGCUUUCUCGAUGAUGCAACCUUAUCCUGAAAUGCUUACGCUGAUGGAUUUCUUUGGAAUGACUCCAAAAUAUCGCGAUGUAAAUGAUUUCAUCAGUUGGAAGACUUACCAGUUGGAUGAUUUGUGGAAGAUGGUGCUGAUAGUUGUAAUUGGUUGGGCAACUGCAUCGAUCGGCCUUUCUUUAUUGACGUCUUAUAUAUGGUAUAGGAUUCCAAACAAAUUAGAAAAAAAAGAAUUUCUGUUCGUGAAACCCAUAUUUGCCGGACCAUUUAUAAGCGAAUCCUUGAUGUUAAAUAGAAGGCAAUACCCAAGAAACAAUAAAGUUCACGUUUUAUUUGAUGAUGCUUUCAAAGAUGGACAAUUGAACGAUUAUGUCAAUCGCCUUCUCGAGUUAAUAGGACCAGCCGCUGAGAAAAUUUCAGAAGGCUCCAGCAAUAACAUCAAAGGCACGUCUUGUGAAACGCCAUACGGUGGAAGAAUAAAAUUCGAAUUACCAUGGGGAAAAUACUUCAAUAUACAUUUGAAAGACAAUUCAAAAAUCAAACAUCGAAAGCGUUGGUCGCAAUGUAUGUAUAUGCACUACAUAUUGAAAUAUUUACAAAGGGAAGAGAACUUCGACUUGGAAAAUACUUAUCUGCUUGCUCUAGACGGAGAUGUUGACUUUCAACCAACUUCAUUGACAACGUUAUUGGAUCUAAUGAAAAGAGACAAAAAUCUUGGUGCUGCUUGUGGCAGAAUUCAUCCAAUUGGAAGUGGACCUGUCGUUUGGUUUCAAAAGUUUGAAUACGCAGUUGGACACUGGUUGCAAAAAACUACAGAAGACGUACUCGGAUGCGUCUUAUGCAGUCCUGGAUGUUUCAGCUUGUUUAGAGGAUCAGCGCUAAUAGAACCAAAUGUAGCGGGAAAUUACUCUAAUAUUGCUAGUAGUCCACAACAGAAAAUACAGUGGGAUCAAGGUGAAGACAGGUGGUUGUGUACACUAUUGUUGAAAGCAGGCAAGAAGAUUGAAUACUGCGCUGUCUCCGAUUCUUACACAUUUGCACCAGAAGAAUUCAAAGAGUUUUAUGACCAGAGACGACGAUGGGGGCCAUCAACUUUAGCAAAUGUAUUCGACAUUUUACUAGAUGCAAAACUAGCUAUCAGAGAGAAUGAGUGCAUAAGUCAUGGAUACAUUGCUUAUCAGAUAGGAUUAAUGGCAGCGUCCCUUCUCGGACCUGCUACUGUCGUUCUAAUUAUACAAGGAGCUUUUCAAUAUGUAUUCGGCAUGAGUCCAAUUGGGGGAUUGAUGGCUGCACUGAUACCAGUGAUAUUUUUUGUCAUCAUAUGCUAUACUACCAAUCUCAAUUUUCAAAUUAUCGUGGCUCAAAUUUUAUCUCUCAUCUAUGCACUAGUGAUGAUGGCCGUUUUGGUCGGAGUUAUUGGACAAAUGGUUGACAAUAUUUUGAAUCCCACUUCUUUAUUCAUGUUGGUAAUGAUUGGAAUGUUUGGAAUAACCGGCAUAUUGCAUCCAUCGGAGAUAUUGUGUCUACUGCAUGGUGUUUUGUACUACAUAUGUGUGCCCUCUGCUUUCAUAUUCCUUGUAAUAUAUAGUUACUGCAACAUGCAUGAUGUUACAUGGGGCACAAGAGAAGAAAAAUCUCCCGACGAAAACAAACAGAAAGCACCUAGCAAAGAUGGCGGCGACAUAGAAAUGCAAAAUGGAUGCAACGGCAAUUACAGAUGCGGUUGGUUAAACUCGUGCAAAUGUGCAAUGUGCUUAUCGCCAUAUAAGCUAGUUCCCACAGAGGAACCACGGGAUGAAAAGAAUAUGAAACAAAACAAAACACGAGAAACGCAAAAUGAAAAUCAAACGAAUGUUCGUUCAGAUGAGAGUUCUACUGAGAAGACAGCAUGUAGAAAGCAAUCGAAGAAAUGGUGGAAUCUGGAAGAUCACGCUUUAUUCAAAAACAUGGAAGUUUUGUAAAUUUUUGAUUUUGCUUUAUUUAUAGCCUUGCAAACUUAGAACUCU